AUGGGAGAUACAGACUUCUACAUCAAACAGCAGCAACUAGUAAAAGAACAAAGGCAAGCAAAGCCGAGUAAGUACCACACACGGUUCCUUUACAAAGCUCUCAUAGUCAUAAUUUUCUUGGUAAUAGUCCCAGUGCCCUCACAAGCACCUGAAUUCAUCAACCAAACUCUACUCAACAGAAGCUGGGAGCUUCUGCACCUUCUAUUCGUUGGAAUAGCUGUCUCUUACGGGCUUUUUAGCCGGCGAAAUGAUGAAACAGAGAAGGAAAAUAAUAACAACCAAUCCAAGUUUGAUAAUGUACAGUCUUUUGUGUCUAGAUUCCUUCAGGUGUCAUCAGUUUUCGAUGAUGAACCUGAAAACUUAUCUGGGUCUGAUGACAGCAAGGUCAAGACUUGGAGUAACCAGUACUAUAGGAAUGAACCUCCUCUUAUUGUAGCUAAAGAACAAGCUGUUCUUGAUGAACAGAGAAGUUCUAGUUCUAGAGUUGCGGAAAAGCCAUUGCUUUUGCCUGUUAGGAGCUUGAAAUCGCGUGUUUUGGACGCGAAUAAUCUUGAGACAAGUAGGGAAAAUAGUGCAAAUUCUAGCUCUCUCCGUAGGCCUAAUUCUAGUUUGAGUUCCAAAAGGUUUUCAAAUAAAGUUACAAAUGGAGAAUUGGGACGAUUGGGUCAAGAAACUUUGGUGGAGAAGUUGAAUGAGAAUAAUGUUGUUCUUCCAUCACCAAUUCCAUGGCGUUCAAGAUAUGGAAGAAUGGAAGUGGAGGAAGAUAUUGAAUCUGAAUUCAAUAGGCUUAAAUCUCAGUCAUUUAGGUCCCAAACUACUCGUUUGUCUCGAGCCAGCUCCAUGCCUUCUUCACCAAAAUUGUCCCAUUCACCACCUCUAUCUUCACCAAAGAAGUUAUCUCCUUCUCCUUCUUUGUCAACGGAAGCACAAGCUAUGAGUGUGGAGGAUUUAGUAAGAAAAAAGAGCAUUUACAGGUUUCCACCACCACCUCCUCCACCUCCACCAAUGAUUCACAAAUCAUCAUCACUGAAACCAAGUUCUUCCUUGACUGAUGAUGAGGUUUCCUUUGAUAAGGAUUGGCCUUCGUACUUUGCAAGCGAAACAAAUGACUUGAAUGGAAGCAGGGGAGACGCAUUUAUGGGGAAACAAAGGGAUUAUGUUGAUGGUUUCCCCGAGGGAAAGUCAGUUAGGACGAGUCGGCCUGGUGAUUUGCUUCGUGGAACAGGGAAAGACGGUGAAAUUGAGAAUGGGAUCAAGGGCAAGACAGUGAGGUUUGAUCAAACAUCAUUCAGGACUGAAAAGCUGAACCAAGAAAGUGUCUGUGUUAUUCCAAAGCCAACUUUCGUGGAAUUUCCGCAGGAAGACAAACAAGAAUUUGUUGAAAAGUUGGUGGUCGAAACUACUGAUGAUGACUCAGAGAGUGAGGACGAGGACGUUGGUGAAACUUCCAUUGUUUCAAGCAUUGAAAGAAGUCCAAAUAAUGAGGAAGCGAGUCCGAGGAGUGGCAUAGAUGGAGGUUCUGAUGUGGAUAAGAAGGCAGAUGAGUUCAUAGCCAAAGUAAGAGAACAGAUCAGGCUCCAGAGGAUUGAUUCUAUUAAGAGAUCGAGCGGUCAGAUGAAGAGAAAUUCUACGAGAUUAUCAGCUGCUCAACCGGCUAAUGAUCACAAAACAUCUAGCUUUUUCUAUGUAAUUUCUGGUUCAGAAUAUAUGUUGGUUUUUGAAAUACAGUUAAUAAAUCAGGCUGAUCUUCUGCCAUCCAUUCUAAUAACAGCCAUCUCACUCCUGGUGCCUACGUCCUAA